CCAUCAAAUGGUGUCUAACAAAAUAUAACCAACUGAUAUGAUACUUAAGAUUGAGUCAUUGUGUCAUAAAUUAUCAUAAUACAUUUGAUACAACAGCGUUAACAUUGAUUGUUAUAAUAUUUUAUAUUGUUGACCAUUUCAGAAAAUUACGUUUCGUGUACUGUACAAUAUAUAUAAAUAUAUAAUAGAAUUGAUUGCUAAAAGGCAGCAAAAUUGAUGAAGUAAAUCAAAUGUCAAACAAAGUAAAGGAACAUAAGGUUUCUAUAAUUUGAAUAAUUAGUGUUUACUAAAAUUAAAGAAAUAAAAAGAAUUAAUAAAUGGAUACUUAAAAUACCUAUAAAUUAUAAAAUAAAAUGGAUGUACUUGCAAAGUUACGAAAUACUGUUAGCAAUACAAUAUCUAAUACUGUUCAAAACACUGCUUAUGGCCUGUCGCAGUUGUCAAAUGUUCUUCCUGGUAAUCCAGUAACCAGAGAGUUUGAAGUAACUGCUCAUAUAGCGAGUGCAGGACCAUCGUUACUAUGGAAGAUUUACAACGGUUACAAGAAAUCUACAAAACAAGAAGCAGCAAUAUUCGUGUUUGAGAAACGCAUUUUGGAUAAAUUUUCAAGAAACGACAAAGAAUUGAUCUUAGAAACAUUAAAAAGAGGUGUUGCACAAUUGACGAAAUUACGUCAUCCACAAGUUUUAACUGUUCAACAUCCUUUGGAGGAAUCUAGAGACAGUUUGGCAUUUGCAACUGAACCUGUAUUAGCUAGUUUAGCCAAUGUUUUGGGAAACCAUAAUAAUUUACCACAGCCAUUGCCAAUAGCAUUAAAGGAUUACAAGUUACACGAUGUUGAAAUUAAAUAUGGACUUUUGCAACUUGGUGAAGGUCUGGCAUUUUUACACGGAGAUGUUAAAUUAUUACACAGAAAUCUAUGCCCAGAAUCUAUUGUUGUUAAUAGUCACGGGGCAUGGAAGAUCUUUGGAUUUGAUUUUUGCGCUUUAAAUCAAAGUGUUGAAGGCAAACAACCUCAAUGGUCGUACGUAGAAUAUGAUAUAUCAGCUCCAUCUAUAGCUCAACCAAAUUUGGAUUACCAAGCACCAGAAUGUAUUUUGGCAAGCAGUGUUGAUACAUCUAGUGAUAUAUUUUCUUUGGGAAUGGUAAUAUAUAUUUUACAUUCUCCAAAGAAUGUACUUAUUCAUGAAUCUAACAAUGACUUAUUAAAAUGCAAACAGUUCUUAGAGAAUUUUAAAAGUUCGACUAUCACAGAUAAGUUUCUUCCAACUUCAGAGUGUCUUAGAGACACAGUUAAAUUGAUGUUACAUCAUAAUCCUGAAUUAAGACCAGAUGCUCAUCAAUUUGUAAAGAUUGACUACUUCACAGAUAUAGGUGUUAAAACCUUGAAUUAUUUAGACAAAAUUUUCCAAUGGGAUAACUUACAGAAAUCACAGUUUUACAAAGGAUUACCUCAACUUUUAAAACAAUUGCCACACAGAGUUGUGCUGCACAGAGUUCUCCCAGCUUUAUAUAAAGAAUUAUUUAAUUCUCCAAUGAUUCCAUUUGUUUUACCUAGCAUAAUCUAUGCAAUGGAAACAAGUUCUGUGGAAGAAUUCAGAGAAUAUAUUUUACCAAACAUUAAAUCAGUUUUAACAUUAGAUGAUCCUCCACAAAUUAGUCUUGUUUUAAUGCAACAUGCUGAUUUAUUAUUAAAAUUAUGUACUACAGAAGUAAUAAAAACAGAUAUAGUUCCAAUGUUAUUACGCGCUUUGGAAUCAGAAUGGGAACAGUUGCAAGAAUUAUGUUUAUCAGCUUUACCUAAUAUUAUAACAAUGAUUGAAGGACCAGUGAUUAAAAAUGCAAUUUUACCUAGAAUGAAAAAGAUUUGUUUAUAUGGGAAAGGAAACAGCAGCAAAAGUCUUGGAGUUAGAGUUAACUGUUUAUUAUGUCUUGCAAAAAUGUUACCACAUUUUGAUCGAUGGCUUGUCCUUGAUCAAGUAUUACCUUUUCUACAAGAGAUUCCACACUCUGGUGAACCUGCAAUUCUUAUGGCUAUCAUAGGUAUUUAUAGAAUGUUAUUAAAUCAUAGUAAACUGGGAACAAGUAAAGAAAUAUUAGCAACAAAAAUCUUACCAUUUUUAUUACCACUAUGCGUUGAACAAAAUUUUAGUCUACCGCAAUAUGAAAUUCUUUCGAAUCUUGUAACUGAAAUGAUAAACCGUGUAACAUCAGAACACAAAGAUGCUUUAAAACAAUUAGAUGCCAUGCGUCGUGAGACUCAACAGUUAGAUCAAGAACUUUCACAAACCUCUACCAUGUAUAAAAAUAUUAGUUCAAGUAACGAUGAUGGAAAUAUAUUUUCUACAGUUCCUACUUCAAAUACAAGCGCAACUUUGAAAUCUCUACAAAUUGAAAAUGAACUGACAAUGGAAGAUAAAUUUCGAUUAGUUCAACAGCAAGGGAUGCACCAAAGAUUACAAUCUCAAACACCAUUAAUACCAACAAUUGUUCAACCUACAAAACCUCCAGUAAAAGAUUUAACUGAUACUUUAUUAAAAUCUAAUUUAGAUCAACUAAAUCUUUCAAUGGCAAGUUCAAAAUCUGAUUAUUCAUGGAAACCGCCAAAUUCGAAUCAGUAUCAACACUUCAAUCUGCAAGGAAUGAAUACACAAUUAAAUCAAAUAGGAAAUACUUAUGUUCCCAAUUCAGUCAUUCCUCGUAACAGUAUUAAUUAUUCUAUGAAUCAGGGGAACAUAAUGGCUAAUAAGUUAGAAUUUAGUUCAAAUUCUAUGAAUCAAGGGAAUAUAAUAGCUAAUAAGUUAGAAUUUAAUUCAAAUCUAAAUUCUAAUGUAAAUAAUUUUCCUAUCAAUCAGUUAGAAUUUAAUUCAAAUUUGAAUUCCGAUUCAAAUAAAAAAAUAGAAAAAGUAUCUUAUGAUGUAAUGGAUCUACUUAGUUAAUAAUUUUAUUUAUAUAAUGUAUUAUUAUAAUGUUUAUUAUUCCACAUAUAAUGAUAAAAACAGUCAAUUUC